CGUAAACAGAGUGGGCGAAGAUGGCGUCGGGCAAGAAGGGUGGUGCGAAUAGUAGAUUGGAGAAAGGUGUGAAUGGAAGACGCUCGUCCAAACACAAAGAGGGUCCAGUGGUCUCCACCUCUGACACUGACAGGACCCACCUGAGCAGAGAGGAGACAGACAUGGACAGAGCCUUGAACUCAGAUACUGUGAUGGACACCAAGGCAGUGUUUGCGGCCGUGUACAGCGUGUGCGAAGAAAAUGCUGCUUUCUUCUCAGGAGGAGCCAAGGGGUCGCAGGGUGAUGCAGCAUGCCGUCUGGUGGAGGCCAUGAAGCUGAUCCAGGAGCAUGCUCGCAGUCUGGAACCUGUUAUUUCUGGCUUUGCUGCUGUUUACCAUCAUUUUGAUUUUGACCCACACAUACCUGCUAAUGGCUAUCGCUCACUGGUCAAGGUUGUGCGCUGCUGCCUUCUUCAUAUCAUCCACAAGGGGCGCUACAUCACAACCAGCCGCCGCAGCAUCUUCUUCAGAGUAGCACAUAAUGCGGGGGAGAUGGAGGCGUACUGCAACGCUCUGUGCCAGCUGCGUGCCCUGCUUUACCUGGCUCAACGCAUGCUACAUGAUAACAGCCAUGGUAACCUCUUUUUCCACGAUGAAAGUGGCCUCAGCGAGAGUUUUGUCCGCGAAUACGCAUCCAUGCACAAAGGGUGCUUCUAUGGCCGUUGCCUGGGCUUUCAGUUCACUCCAGCCAUUCGACCCUGCCUUCAAACCAUCGCUAUCGGCCUUGUGGCCUUUGGAGAAAACUACAGGCGCCAUCAGUCAGGAAUAGUGGAGGCAGGAGGUAUUGCACCAUAUGGUGUAGCAGCCAGCUCUCUAUUUAACUCAGGGAAGUAUGCCAUCGACCCAGAGUUGAGAGGGGCAGAAUAUGAUCGCAUUACCCAGAACUUGGAUGUCCAUUUCUGGAAGACUUUCUGGAACGUCACUGAGACUGAGGUUCUGUCGAGUCUUGCCAGUAUGACUUCCACUCAAGUUAAGGUGAACCGAGCUCUUUCUGUGCCCUCUGUGCCCUUUGACCUUCCCCUGGCGGCCAACCACAGAGCAUCUGUAACUAUAGCCCCACCGUCGGCACACAUUGGCACUGCUCCUGUUCAGAUGAGACUCAUCUCUUAUGACUUACGUGAAGGACAGGACAGUGAAACGCUACUAUCUCUCUGCCGCUCUGAGGGGGGUGCUAUCUCUCUAUCACUGGGGCUGAAGACCAAGCGCCUCCCUUCUUCUCCCUGCCUCCUGAUCCACUUUCAUGGGGGAGGCUUUGUGGCCCAGACCUCCAAAUCUCAUGAGCCGUAUCUGAAGAGUUGGUCCCAGGACCUUGGUGUUCCCAUCCUGUCAGUGGACUACUCUCUGGCCCCUGAGGCCCCCUUCCCAAGGGCCCUAGAAGAAUGUUUCUAUGCCUACUGCUGGGCUCUGAGAAACCACCACCUACUUGGAUGGACUGGAGAGAAAGUGUGUCUGGCUGGUGACAGUGCAGGAGGCAACUUAUCUAUAACAACAUCAAUGCGCGCUGCUGCCUUUGGUGUGCGGAUGCCAGAUGGCAUUGUGGCAGCCUAUCCAGCUACCCUGCUGACGGCCUACGCAUCACCCUCCCGUCUGCUAACACUUAUGGAUCCCCUGCUGCCGCUCACUGUGCUCUCCAGGUGUCUCAGUGCCUACGCAGGCAAUGAGCCGCAGACCGAGAAGCAAGUAGCAAAGGUGAGCACACUGAGCCUGGUGAGGAGAGACACAGCACUAAUGCUGCGAGAUUUCCGACAGGGAGCCUCCAACUGGAUCCAGUCUCUGCUGGAUCCCAACAGAGCUUCAGCCUCCCCGAGCACAGGUGCAGAGCCACCAGGAGCCACAGAUGCAGUGAGGAAGAGCAUUUCAGAGGCAUCCAUCUGUUCUCCUCACGCUGACCCUCCUGUACCCACAGAGCCCUCAGAGUUCCUCAGUAGGAAAUUAUCAGUGAAGAGCCAGACUUGCCAGGACUUGGGAUCCCACAACAAUGCCAUACCCCACUGUACACCACUGCUCUCUGAGCGCACUCCAGAAGAUGUGAGUUUCUUUCUCACCAAGGAUGGGGAUACCUCCAUGUCCAGUGACCUGUCUUCACUGGCCAUACCACCACCUGAUACUGGAGAGGAGGGAUCACAGCUGGAGCACCGCAGGGAGUUUCCUCUAGGGUUUGAACCACUGCGCUCAGAGCAGCUGACUGAGAUGAAGGUGGAGAGCUCUCCAGUGGUCAAGGAUCCAUUCUGCUCACCUCUUCUAGCCCCUGAUAGCAUGCUUAAAGGGUUGCCACCGAUACACAUAGUGGCUUGUGCAUUAGACCCCAUGCUGGAUGACUCUGUGAUGUUUGCCAAGCGUUUGAGGAACAUAGACCAGCCUGUCACUCUCUGUGUGGUGGAUGACCUCCCCCAUGGUUUCCUCAGCCUAUCGCAGCUCUCCAAGGAGACAAGGGAAGCUGCCAGUGUCUGCGCAGAGCGAAUUCGUGCUGUUUUCACCCAGGACACACCCCCAGAACCACGCAAGCACCGCAAGCUGGAACGAACCGAUAGGGGUGUGCCGGCUUCUUCUGGGGAAAGCGGUUCUCUUUUUGUUGGCCCCGCUGAGGGAGGAGAGCUAGCUGUCAAGAGAGGAGCUAAAAUUGCUGAUGGGGAGGGUUCAGUUGCUGUGGCAGCCCAGAAUAACACUGACGCUGGUGGCAUCGGGGCUUAAAUAAGGUUAGAUAGAAAAGUGUGCUUCAUUUCACCGAGGAGGGAAAGGAGAAGGAGUAAGUGAAAGUCAGACAAAUUUAGGCAGUGCAAUGCCUAAGUGAGAGACGACGAAAGCGUCCUGAAAAGCAGGAGGUGGGGAGGAGCGCCAAAAUAUUACUCCAUCUACUUUACAAUUCUUGCCAGUUGUCUACGCACCAACGCAGAUCUUGUAGACAAAACGAACACACCCACAAAAAAAACAUGUCAUGUCAUGUUUUAGAGUAAAAUGAUAAUUUAGCAGCUACUUAGAUCAAAGACCAGCACUCACCCACCCACACACACACACACACACACACACACACACACACACACACACACACACACACACACACACACAGAGCACACACACUUAACAGAGUUGCUGUUAUGCAGCGGAGGCUUGGACAUAAAGCAACGCAGAAGAUUCUUGAGACGAGGCCUGAAUGGGUGAUUCAUCUAGGCCAAGGCAGUUAUUGGAGGCCCUAAUCAGAUAGUGGUAGACACACUACAUGCUUCUAUGUAGAGUCAUUCCCAUCAAAAUGGCCACUUGUCCUUUAGGGAGGCACUCUAAAUCACACUUAAUAACUCUACAUUGUGUUCUCCAUUAUGCCAGUUUGGCAGUCAAUACAGGUUACUUUGUGGAUAGUAACUCUGUUGACUCUCUCUCCGAAAUAGAAUUACAAAUCUACAACACAACAGACUGAACUGAUUUACUUCUUUCUUGAGAUUCUAUUGCAGUUUUUAACCAUAUAAUUAAUCCUAUGCAGAAGUAUUGCUUUUUUUAUUUAUAUAAAUGUUUUAUUGCUGUUAAAAUCCAUGAGUCACAGCAGGCUUUUUUCUGAUUUGCAUACUCUAUUAUUUAAUGUAAUCUUAAACCAUUUACUCCAAUUAACUUCAUAUCCUACUCUCAGUAAUACAUACUGAUCAGAUAGAGUAAAUGUAGGAUAUUACACAAGGACACAGUGUCAUAGUGUCUGGAUUUUGCCUUGUGCUGACAUUAAAAAUACAAAGACUGCAUUCUAUUGACUGUUAUAGUGAAAUUUGUGGCAGUGCACUGAAAUGCAUUAAUAUGAAGUACAGGAAUACUUUGGCCCUUUCUUUGCAAAUCUUUCAAAAACAAUCAUAGCUUUCAAAUGUCUGAAAGAGACUGUUUUUAUUGUAUUGUGUAAGAUAGGAAACAGUUGUUCUGUAUUGACUAUUCCAGAAUGAAUAAGACAGAGAGGAGUGGCAAAACCCCAGCUCUCAGCUAUCAAUACACAUUUUAAACUUCACUGCACUGAUUUCCGCUUAGGUUGUCCCUGUUCCUCAGCAAGCGUUAUUGCUCACUACUUCUCUGCACAGUAUGCACUGUGUCAAAGUACCACUUCUCUCUAGGCAGGAGUUUUCUGGCCUGAUAACCAGUUUUUUUUUACAAAUCAGAGGCUUUUAGGCAAAGCUCGUAGACCCUGACCAAGAAAAGCAAUUGCAGAAGUGCUGUGUAAAAGCCAUUGAACUUGUAUUUGGCCCAAAAACAGUGGCUGGUGGUCCAGAUAUUUUUACUCCUCGCUGUCACAUUUGGGGUUGACUUUGUUUUUGAUUACCUGAGGACACUCUUCUGAGCGUAUUGCCAUCAAAGCACUUUGAAGUACACAAAAAUGUCCUUCUGAGGGUCAGUCCUUCUAUCAGGUCCAACUAAAUAUAGAUGCCAACAAUGCUGGCACUGUUCUGCCCUUGCCUGGUAACAGGGCUGGGGUUGCCAGGUCUGUAGAGAGGGAUGCUGUGUGAUGAAUAGGAUUUAGCUGAUGCUCGGAGUGCAAAAUCCUCCCUGUGUAGAAGAGCAGGAUUUUCAGCAGCAAAGUCAUGCUACAGGAUUAGACCAUACUCAGUUCUGUCAGCUUGAAGUACUUACUGCAAUAUUUUUAGUCAGAUUGAUGGAGAGAAGCAGACCCAAGAAGAGAAAGAAAGUUAUACACUCACUCUGAGAUGUUGGGCUGAAGUUUGUACUUCCUUCACUAUCCGCUGUUUGUGCUCACCGUGCACUUUUGCAGUAGUUGGUCUGUCAAUCAGUAUAAGUUUAUUUUAAGCUGAACUUGUAUACAUGUGAUUUUUUUUUUCUUUACUUGAUGUCAGACUCAAGUGAAGUUUGUGUGCACAUUCACAUGAUCACAAUAGUCUCUGUCCUGCAGAGAAAGAUGAACUCACACGUUGGUUUGCCCUCUUUGUGUCAUACACACAAAAGACAAGAAUGGCACUUUCCAGUCAACAGUUAUUCAUUGUAUUUAUUGUCUGUUGUUGAGAACACCCACUUUGUAGUUGUCAGGCCUCUGUAGGACAGCUGUGUUUGUCUAUGAUGUACUCUAAAUCAGCUUGAUUUUAUUAAUACUUAAAACACAACUGCGUAUGUAGGACAGCGGAGUUGAUUGCUCAUUAGCACUUUGUUGCAUAAAGCUAAAAAAAUGUUGAAAUGUGUCAAAUUCAUUUACUUGCUGUGUAUUAGCCUUCAUAUGCCUCUCCCCAUUUAUGACCGGUCAUGUAUUAGUCUACCCUGAGUGUAGGCGAUGCACCAGAAACCUCAUCUGUUGUUUUGGUCAGAUGAUUUUGCUACUUGUAGUUUAUGCUGUCUGUAACUUUGAGCUGACAUUUGGUUGAGUAUUAUUUUAGUGUGUCUACAUCAUAAUGUCUGUGUUGAUGAUUCACUUGUUGGUGAGGAACUUUAUAACUGCAAAUAUUACCUGAGAGUAAAACCGCUUGUAGUAGUUCAGAGUAAUACUACUUCUUAAAAAUAUUCAGCUGUCAAGAUAUGCAGGAUGCCUCUGCAGUUUUACUCAUCAAAAGCUAUUUUAUUAGAGAUUUUCCUCGCUCCAGGCUGAUUUCCAUGAUGUGCCAUGCAAAGUGCAAUACUGUUACAAACCUGAGCUUGCUACUUCAACAGUCAGGGCAACAUUUACAGUAAAGUGAUGCAGUUACACACAAGCAUCGCUUCAUUUUUCUUUUCACAGUCUCUGCUUCUUCUGUUAGAAAUGUGGCACUUCUGUUUAUUGUUGUGCAAUGUUUGCGAAUCACCUUAAGCUUGGACUUUACAGAUAAUAUACCAACCCAUAUACAGUAGCACUUGAUUCAAGGUAUUGUUAAGAAUCCUUGAAGCCUGCUUUUACAACUGCCUCAGCAAGUUAAACUGACCUCAAGCACUUCUUGGAAAUGUUUCCUUAUGAUAGUUAGAUGUUCUUCAUUUAUGGUUAAAAUUUCAAGCAUAACCAAAGACUGCACUUAGAAUCUUGCAACAGAUGUACAGUCCUUGCUGUUUAAUGUUUGCUGUUAAAUGUUACCACUGUAAAUGCAGGUGCUAAUCAGUGUCAUAGCCGAUCUGCACAUCAUAUGCAAAUUGCACCGCAUCAGUUCUGAUGUAGAAUAUUAUUAGCCUUUAAAAAAACAAGCCAUAGACUGGAAAGAAAGUAUGUAUUAAAUUUACUUGUUUUUACUUUUAAAUUAUCUUUUAUGGAAAACACCACAAGUGCAAACCUGUGAAUAAAAAAAGAAUGUAUAUUAAAUGUGAAUCAUUUAAAUAUGUUUACUUGCAGAUUUGUUGAUUCCAGUUUGUUUUGAGCUGACUGCAUUUUCUUUGAGGGUUUCAUACUAGAAUGAUGUGUUUGAUGCGCCAUGACAAGGCUUUUUCCUUUGUUGAUUUAUAUCUAAAUAAAUAUCCCAUGAAUGCUG